AUGACUGUUAAGGCACAGGUGAACUCAGGAAACUACACCUGUGUCAUCAGGAGCGGUGAUAUCUGCUUCACCGGACAGAUCUCUUUAAACGUCUACGAGACUGAGCGAGCAGAUAUAAAUAUAAUCUCAUAUCCUGCUCACAUACAGGCUGGCUCUGAUGCCUGGUUGAAAUGUCCUGAUCUGGAAGAUUUCGUCAGGAUGGAAAACCCUCGCUGGUAUAAGGAUUCCAGCGACACUAUGCUUCCCAUUGGUGGAGGUCGCUAUAACAGGGAGGGAAAUGACACACUUAUCAUCAGAAAUCUCUCUGCAGCAGACAGUGGCCUCUACACCUGCAGGCUCCGUGUGCUUAUUAACAACAAUCUUUAUGACAUCAGCAGGAUUUGGAAACUGGAAGUGCCAGUGUCACCUGGGAAGCAGUCAGCUGACUCUAUCAUGGUCACAUGGCUCAUCAAUGGCCAGUCGAUUGAGGAGACAGACUUGGGUGGGCGUGUCUUCCAGGGGGAAAGACGGGUAAAAGGUGGCAAUGUUGAGGUGUGGCUGGUAUUCCUGGAAGUCCUUGAAGAGGACACAGGGGUGGAGCUUAGUUGUGUCACUCAAAGUCCGUUGGGAAAACAUGAGGUUGUCACCAUGGUGAAAUCGGAAGACUCGGUGUUGACAUGGCUGACAGUAGGCAUUGUGUCUAGCGUCUGUUUCCUGCUGGUGCUCAGUGUGUUCCUGUAUCAUUUGAAACCUCGUCGUAGAGAGAAGCAGGGAGACUAUAUUCUGGCACGAAAUGACAGCCUGUUUUAG